UGCCAGCUUUCUUUUCCUUGCAGGUGGCCAUUGAGAAGCGACCAGGAUGCCCCCGGGAAUUUAUUGCCCAGCGGAAUUUUGGUCUAAAGAAAGCAACUACACCAUCCAUGUGGACUUCCUCUUACCAACAGGGAUCUACUUGCCUCUCCCUGUUUCUUGCCAUGCCAGCCUGGCUGCCAUCAAAAAGGUGGUCUGGCACCAGGCCCAGUAUGAACCCUUCUUCCAGAUGCUCAGCGCCCCGGAUUCCUACGUCUUCACAUGCAUCAACCAGGCGGCCGAGCAGCAAGAACUGGAGGACGAGCAGAGGCGCCUCUGUGACGUCCAACCCUUCCUGCCCGUCUUGAGGCUUGUGGCCCGCGAGGGGGACCGGGCGAAGAAGCUGCUCAACUCCCAGAUUAGCCUCCUCAUUGGCAAAGGCUUGCACGAGUUCGACUCCUUGGCGGACCCCGAGGUGGACGACUUCCGGGCCAAAAUGCGAGGCUUCUGCGAAUGGAGGGCUGCCCAGCGCCAGCAACUGAGCUGGAAGGCCUGGCUGGAGUGCAGCUUCCCCGUGCAUCUGGAGCCCACCGCCAGCGGGCUGGGGCGGAGGAAGAGCCUCGCGGUGCCCAGCAAGAACGUUUUUGUCAACGUCAAAUUUCAGUCUGGAGGGGAGAGCUUCACUUUCCAGGUUUCCCUGAAGGAAUUCCCUGCCACCCUCAUGAGCUACGCCAUCAAGAAGCAAGCCACCAUCUUUCGCCACCAAAAAGUGAACAGUGUGGACGACUAUACCUUGCAGGUUAAUGGGAAAUACGAAUAUAUCUAUGGGGAGUAUCCCCUUUAUCAGUUCCAGUACAUCCGUGAGUGCCUACACCGGCGUCUCGUCCCCCACCUCAUUAUGGUCCACAGAUCGUCUCUCCUGACUCUGCGGGAAGAGCAGAGCAAUGGGCUUGGGCACCCCCCCAAAACAGCCCCAAAACUGUCUCCGGGCCCUAAGCAAAAGCUGACCUGCGUGUAUCUGUGGUCACUUGAACAGCUGUAUUACAUUGAGCUGCUGCACUGCAGUAAGGUGAAUGCUGAUGAAGGAAUGAAAUUGGUCGUGCAGGCUGGGCUAUACCACGGUCACGAGAUGCUCUGUAAAAUGAUGACCAGCGCGGAAGCCAACGUUUGCUCCGAGCCCGUGUGGGAGCAGACGCUGAAAUUUGACAUUAACGUCUGCGACUUACCCCGCAUGGCCCGGCUCUGCCUGGCCCUCUACUCCGUCGUGGAAAAGGCCAAGAAAGCAAGAUCCACCAAGAAAAAGUCCAGAAAAGCUGACUGCCCGCUCGCUUGGGUGAACGUGAUGCUGUUUGAUUACCAAGACCAGCUGAAAACCGGGGAAUGCGUCUUACCCAUGUGGUCGGCCUUUCCAGAUGAGAAAGGAGAACUAUUAAACCCAACGGGCACGAUCCAGACCAAUCCAAACACCGAGAGUGCUGCCACGCUUUUCAUCCGCUUCCCCGGCAUUUCGUUGUAUCCGAUCUAUUACCCUUCCAUGGAAAAGAUCUUAGAGAAAGGGCAGAACGGCCACUGCGCCUGCGGUACGGCAGAGGACCCAGAAGAGCAGCAGCAGCUGAAGGAGAUUCUGGAACGCAGGUCUUGCACUGAGCUUUACGAACACGAGAAAGACCUGGUGUGGAAAAUGAGAUACCAGAUUCGGGAUCAGUAUCCAGCAGCUUUGGCCAAGCUGCUAAUGGUCACCAAGUGGAACAAGCACGAGGACGUGGCUCAGAUGGUUUUUUUGAUCCAAUCCUGGCCCGAGCUGCCCGUUCUCAGUGCCCUGGAGCUUUUAGAUUUCAGUUUCCCUGACCCCAAUGUGGGCCGCUUCACUGUCAACUCCCUGAAAAAGCUGACGGAUGCCGAAUUGUUCCAGUAUCUCCUGCAGCUGGUCCAAGUUCUGAAAUACCAGUCCUACUUGGACUGCGAAUUAACCAAGUUCCUUUUGGGCAGGGCCUUAUCCAACCGGAAAAUUGGCCAUUUUCUCUUCUGGCAUCUCAGAUCGGAAAUGCACCUCCCCGCGCUUGCCUUAAGGUUCGGCCUGAUCCUCGAGGCCUACUGCCGAGGAAACGCCCACCAUAUCAAAGCUCUGAUGAGACAGAGUGAAGCCCUCAACAAGCUGAAGGCCCUGAAUGACCUCAUCAAGGUCAGUGCCCAGAAAAACACCAAACUUCAGACCAAGGAGUUCAUGCAUACUUGUAUGCGCCAAGAGACCUAUCAAGAGGCCCUCUCCACUCUCCAGUCCCCUCUGGAUCCCCGAAUCUUCCUGGCAAAAGUCAGUGUAGAGCUUUGCACUGUCAUGGAUUCAAAGAUGAAGCCGCUGUGGAUUAUGUUUAACAACGGCGAGACAGGAGGAAACAGCACAGGCUUGAUAUUCAAAAACGGGGACGAUCUUCGUCAGGAUAUGUUGACGCUCCAGAUGAUCCAACUUAUGGAUAUUUUAUGGAAGCAAGAAGGCCUCGACUUGAGGAUGACCCCUUAUGGCUGCCUUUCCACAGGAGACAAGAUGGGGCUGAUUGAAGUGGUGAUGGACUCAGACACCAUUGCCAACAUUCAACUCAACAAGAGCAAUAUGGCGGCCACUGCCGCUUUCAACAAGGAUGCCCUCCUGAAUUGGCUGAAGUCCAAAAACCCUGGGUAUGCCCUGGAGCAAGCCAUCGAGGAAUUCACGCUCUCGUGUGCCGGAUACUGCGUUGCUACGUACGUCCUGGGGAUCGGCGACCGUCACAGCGACAACAUCAUGGUCCGAGAGAACGGCCAGCUGUUCCAUAUUGAUUUUGGCCACUUCCUGGGAAACUUCAAGACCAAGUUUGGGAUCAAUCGCGAGCGGGUCCCUUUUAUUCUGACCUACGACUUCGUUCACGUGAUCCAGCAGGGGAAGACCAGCAACAGUGAGAAGUUUGAACGAUUCAGGGACUACUGUGAAACAGCCUACAUGAUCCUUCGAGGCCACGGCCUCCUCUUCUUGCAUCUUUUCUCCUUGAUGAAAGCAGCUGGCCUCCCGGAAUUGAGCUGCUCCAAAGACAUCCAGUAUCUCAAGGACUCGUUGGCGCUGGGGAAGACGGAUGAGGAGGCCCGGAAGCAAUUCCAGCUCAAGUUCAACGAGGCCCUCCGGGAGAGCUGGAAGACCAAAGUGAAUUGGUUGGCUCAUAAUGUCUCCAAGGAUAACCGUCAGUAGGGGACCUUCUCCCCGAGUCCUCCUUCCCUGCUCACUCUCAGGACAGAGCAGCUGGGUUCUCCACACCUGGUGUGAAACAGGCCGGACCAUUUUAACCUGCCCAAACGUGGACGGUGAGAGGAAGUCCUUAUGCAGAUGUCCUGCCUGGAAGUUCCUGGAGAUGUCACCUCUGCCAAAUGGCGAUGGCCUGGGCAGAGAUGAACAUUGGCAUGAUUUGGCAACCGCGCAGUUUGGUAACUCUGAAAGGCACACGCGUGUGUGUGUGCGUGAGGGAUUCGUAUUUCAUACUGUUCAAAGGUGCUUGAUUCACUCACUGGUUGAGCUGAGGUAGGCUGUAACGCUUGAAGUGUCCUGCUGUCUCCAAAGAGCUGGGCUCUUUAUGAAGAGAUGGACUUUCUCACGGGACUUGUUUGUUUCUCUUUAUUGUCCUGGGUUGGCACAAAGUGCUGAACCCCAAGUUCCAAGUUUUCGGAAAGGAGCCGUGCGUCAGGAGGAGGACUGGGAUUUUGGCAGGAGAUGGAAGGAUGACAACCACAAGUGUCCUGCUCUGUCAGAUGCAAAGAUAUUCUUACAGACUUCCAGUUACUUCUCUCACCCUGAGCUGAAGAUUCUUUUUUUUUUUUCAGACUAGCCUCUUACU